AUGGAACCUGAAUUCCCUUUUGAAUUACAAUCCGAAACCUUCAAGAUUCUCAGUUCCAAUGACGACACCGCCAUGGAAACUCUCUUCUCUCGUCUCUACAAUCCUCAACAACAGCAAAAUAGAUCUCAAGCUCUCACGUUCCUCCAAUGCUGCAAACACCACCACCCCGAUCUCCUCAUGAUCAAACUCUUUUUCCUCCUAACAUCCAGUCCCGAAAUCCCCACGCGCACCAACGCCGCACGCGCUCUUAUUUUUGUCCAACCCAACGAACUCUGGCCCAAAUUACGCCCUCAGGCCCAAUCUCGUCUUCAGGCCCACUUCAUUAACUAUCUCACUGAAGAGACGUCCGUCCACGUCCUUAGACUCGCGUCAACUAUCCUCUCACAAACCGUUUCAGUUAUAUACAAAUCUCAACAACACUGGAACGAGAUUCUCGAUUUUCUUCUCUCCUCCGUUAAUUCAAACGACGAAAAGCUUCGAGAGUUUUCUCUUUUAGUUUUCUCUUCACUCACAAACGACUGUCGUUUAAGCCUCUCGAAUUCUCUACACGACCGUGUUCGUGUACUUCAUUCAUCGUUUUUGGCCGGUCUCACUUCCCGGAACCCUGACGUGCAGGUUGCGUCCUUCGCGGCGGUGGUGAACUUGAUUUGUUUGUUUUCUGAUAAUCAGCUUUUUCACGAACUACUUAGAGCGAUGAUGGUUGCUGUGUUUGCACUCUUGCAUGGCUUCGAGAGAAGCUAUUUCAAAAGUGCUUUUGCUGAGUUGGUUAAGCUUGUUUCUGCUGAGCCUGUUCUGUUGAAGCCUUACAUGAGUGAUAUGGUUCUCGAUGCGCUUCAGAUCGCUGAGAAUUGCAGCGUUACCGAAGAAACUCGUCGUCUGGCUUUUGAAUUGGUGCUCGCGAUGGCUGAGUUGAAGGAAAGCGAGCAGGUGCUGGCGAGUCUUCCACAUGAAAUGGUGGUUAGGUUAUUUAUCGUUCCGAUGAAGACUUUGGUUCUGUGUGUUAAAGAGAACGGUAACAGUAAUAAUGACGGUAACCAUAACGGUGCUUAUUGUGGUGCUGAUCGUGGGACGGGAGAUGAAAGAGAAAAAGGUGCAGAUCCCCAGAAUGAAAAGGUGGAUGAUGCAUAUGAAUUUGGAAUCAAGUGUUUGAAGAAGCUUUGUGUUGUGUUUGGAGGAACCAAAGUUGUGACUGUUACUCAUGAACUGUUGAAGAAUUAUUACUUGGAUUCAACGGACUGGAAAAUGCGACAUGCAGGGAUUACACUGCUCACUGAGAUUGCAAAAGAGUUCUCAGACGAAAUGGUUUUGGAGGAUAAAUUUCUAGAAGAAAUUGUAAUCAGAAUUUUGAAGUUAUUCCAAGACUCUCAUGUUCAAGUUCGGUUGGCAGCUUUUACUUUGAUGGAGAUGCCUAUAAUUUUUGUCGAAUCGGCUCAAAUUCGUUAUCAUCAUAGGUUUGUGCAUGCUUUUUCCAUUGCACUUGUUAGCGAUGGAGACAACAAAGUGAAGGAACAAGCUGCCUCAGCAAUGUUAUACUUUCUGAAGAACACUCUUCCAGAAAGCUUAUUAUUAUACCAGAAUGUGGAUACUGUAAUGAACAAAAUGUUAUCAUCUAUUCAGGAUAAAGGGAAUGCUAAGCAAAGAAGGAUUGUUUUGUCAGCUUUUAACCUAGUUGCACAAAGUUGUCAUGAAGUAGCUCACAAGUAUUUUGCAAAUUACCUUCCUAUCUUGGUGGAUGCAUGCGGUGACAAAAAUUCUGAAAUCAAGGAGGAGGCAGCAAGAGGAAUUCGAAUUUGUGCUGAAUUUGGAACACCAAAUUUCAAGCCUUUUAUCAAUAUGAUAUUGUCAGAAAUCAGUAUUUUAUUAAAAGAUCGCAAUGCAUCGAAUUCCUCCAAGAAUGCAACAUAUGAUGUUGCAGUUUCUGCUCUAGGAAGAAUCUGUGAAUUCCAUCGUGAUAGCAUUGAUGGUUCUACGGCUGUUCCUGUCUGGUUAAGUUUCUUGCCACUGAAAGACGAUUUGGCUGAAGCCAAAAUUAUGCAUGAACAGCUCUGUUUGAUGGUUGCAAGAUUAGAUAAGGAUCUUUUAGGAGCUGGCAAUCAAAAUCUUGCUAAGAUUAUUACUGUGUUUCUCGACGUUAUUCAAAAGGGUGACAGAUUGGCUACAGCACAAACAAUUGACCAGAUGAAUAGUUUGCUGAGACAGCUUGCCGCGAACAUUCCUCCUAAUACGUUUGAGACAAUUUUACUGUCAUUGAAUGCUCAGCAACGGGAAUUAUUAUUGCCAUUUCUAUCAUCAUUCUAG